CGGAGCAAACGUUUCUGUAUGGCUAGGGUUUUUACGUUUCAGCGGCUACUUCUCUGCAUUCCGGAGCUCUUAGAACCCUCGUCGCAGUCGAAGAACUUCAGCAAUCAUGGGGAAGACACGUGGUAUUGGAGCUGGUCGCAAGCUCAAGUCCCACCGCAGAAGGCAAAGGUGGGCUGACAAGGCAUACAAGAAAUCCAAUCUUGGAAAUGAAUGGAAGAAGCCAUUUGCUGGGUCUUCCCAUGCUAAAGGCAUUGUCCUUGAGAAGAUCGGUAUUGAGGCUAAGCAGCCAAACUCUGCUAUUAGAAAAUGUGCUAGAGUUCAACUGAUCAAAAAUGGAAAGAAGAUUGCUGCAUUUGUUCCCAAUGAUGGUUGCUUGAACUACAUUGAAGAGAAUGAUGAAGUGUUGAUUGCUGGAUUUGGACGUAAAGGGCAUGCCGUGGGUGAUAUUCCCGGUGUACGAUUCAAGGUUGUGAAGGUGUCUGGAGUAUCACUUCUUGCUCUCUUCAAGGAGAAGAAGGAGAAGCCAAGGUCUUAAAUUAACAACGGAGAAGUUUUCUCCUGCAGUGUUCUGAUACUUUUAAAAGUUGUGGAAUGCUACUUGUUUGCAGAUGAGUUGAUUUUAUUUCCAGUUAAUGUAUUGAAUAUUCGGGUUAUUUUCUUACUUAGAUUGCCAAUUUUGCGGACUCCUAUUGAACUGUCAACCUUUCUGUCAUAUAUGGUUAACAUUUGGAGUAUUACUGGGAUUCAUAAUAUGUUUUACCAUUAUGAAUUGUUUAUCAUUUAUUCUCUA